AUCUUUUUGUUUGUAAAAAAAAAGGGGGAUCUUUUGCAAACGAAAAUAAGAAGGAAGGGUUGGUGUUUUGUUCCUCCGCCAUCCAUCGUCAACGCUGCGGGAGUGAUGAGUUCCGCCGGUAAAACUCUGCGCGCUCUUUUCUCUCUCUUUUCGAUCCGAUAACAUUUGUUUUUCAUAGUGAUACAAUCAAUGGAAAUUCUGCAAAAUCUGUCAAAGAACCUGUUCCAGGGACAAGCCUGGAACCAAAACAGGAUGUUACCGAAGUAAAAGCUGAAGUUGAUGCCAUAUGGGAACAAAUGAAUAAAGGUGUGUCCAAUAAAGUUAUUAGCAGUUUUAAAAGCAAGCCUAAAUCUACUGCAAAGAAGAGAUCUUCGAACUGGAUGUCUUAUUUGGGAUUGGCGCCGAAGGCAACUGAAUCUCCUGGGCAGUGUGCUUCUCAAAGUGUACCUGGUGUGCUGGAAGGCAGUACAAGUGACGAAGGCAAGAAGUUUGCUGCUGCUGCUCUUGCAGCGGUGAAAGACGAUUCUUUCGUUUCUGCCUCAAGCAGGGGGAAAGUUGUGAUUACUGAGGUUCGAGACUUUGCUGGUAAAGAAAUUGAAUAUAAAAAGCUUGUGGAUUCUGAUUCAAAGGAGGCAAUUGAAAGAGCCAAAGCGCCUGCACCUUCUGCUGUGGAUGCUGUCCUUGAACAAAUCAAGAAGAAAGCAAAGCUCAGUGUACUUGAUAAGACCAAAAAGGACUGGGGAGAAUUUAAGGAAGAAAAUAAAGGACUGGAAAAUGAGCUUGAUACUUACAAGAAAAGUUCAAACCAGUAUUUGGAUAAGGUUUCCUUUUUGCAGCGAACAGAUUACCGUGAAUUUGAGCGAGAGAGAGAUGCACGACUGGCAUUGCAAUCCAGGAAGCGACCAGAUAUGCAAGACGACGCUGUAUAAAUGAAGGAAGUUGAAGUAUGGAGUUGAUGAUACCUUGGCGAAUUAUUUAUGGUUUUGUCAUGAGUUUAUUAUCUUGGUGUUCCUGGAAAUGUUUUGGCUUCUGAAGAGGAAAAAAGAUCUUUGAUCACAUCAGUGGGCGAUGAUUCUUUUUGAGGCUCAAGAUUUAGAAUGCUUUCAAAUGACAUGGUACUUAAUAUGGAUGAGGAAAACAGGAGACUAAAAUAUACAGAUGUAAAUUUUGUAUUGACAUUAGUUCAUUAAAUUCAAUGAAGUGAGUCUCAGAGAACAUGUCUUUCACAACUCAGUGAAGUUCCUAGCUUACAAGAAUCAUUUUGUGUAUGACUAAUAUCCAUUUUUUUAAGCCAUUGAUCAAUAUCAAUUUUAGACCGACAUUA